AUGUCUCAACCCAUUCAAGCCUUGGAUCCUGACUAUGUCUUAUCCAUCUCUUACCCUCUUUUAAAUGAAGAAAGAGGAAUCCCAGAACAUGAUGCUAAAGUUCAUCUUAAAAACUUAAUCACUACCUUGUAUAACUAUGGAUUCUCAGUUCAAAUUAGAAAUGGUACAACUAAACCUCCCACCCUUUUAAUCUUUAUAAAAUUAUCAUCUUAUAAAUAUAUUGAAGCUUUUGAAAAGGAUUUGAUUCAAAAUUAUGAAUUUGGAGUUACUAAUAAAGAAAAUUCAAAAUCAGAAAAAUUAAGAAUCAUUUAUCAUUAUUUAAUAACUCCUGUUAAAUUUGGUGGGGUAGGUAUCACUCCAAAUAAGGGGAAUUGGUCAUUUGUUCAUUCCAUCAUUCCAGUUUCAGAAUCUUUCCAUGAUACAACUUUGAAACAAGAUGUUGAAACUCAUAUCACUAAUACAUCAAAGAAUUUAUUAUCCACCAACUUAAUUAAAGAAAAAUUUGGAGUUCAAAUCUCGCUUUAUUUUGAAUUUGUCAAAUUCUAUAUAUUUGCCUUAAGUAUCUUAUCAGUAUUAGGAUUCACUUCAUAUUUGAAAUCAGGAGGGAAAAUUUAUUCAUUAACUUAUGCAUUCAUAAAUUUGAUCUGGGGGAUCCUUUUUAUCACAUUCUGGAAUAGAAAACAACAAUAUUUAGUUAAUUUCUGGGGAGUUCAAAAUUCUCAUUUGAUUGAAGAAUUUAAUUCAAAAUUAUCUCAAGUUAAUGAAAAAUUCGAACAAAGUUCUUCUUUCAAACAUAAAGAUAAUGAUGAUGCUUAUAGAUACUUAAAACAAUUAACUUUCAUCCCCAUUGCCGUCUUAUUCACUGUUCUUUUAGUAUCAUUUCAAUUAUUCUGUUUUGUCAUUGAAAUCUUCUUAACUGAUGUCUAUGAUGGACCUGGUAAAUCCUUAUUAACUUUAAUUCCAACCAUCUUAUUAUCAGUAUUCGUUCCAGUCUUAACCAUCGUUUAUAACUUGGUGGGUGAUUUCUUAAUCAAUUGGGAAGAUCAUGAUAAUAUUUAUAGUCAAAAUCAAUCUAUCUUAAUCAAGACUUUUGUAUUAAACUUUUUAACGAGUUAUAUGCCAUUAUUAAUCACUUCAUUUGUCUAUUUACCAUUUGCUCAUUUGAUUAAACCUCAUUUACUCGAUAUUAAAGCAUCAAUUGGAAAUACUAUUGGAGAAAAUAGAUUCUACUAUAAAUAUUUAACUCAAUUGAAGAAACAAGAAGAUUUCAAAAUUAAUCAAGAUAGAUUAAAUGCUCAAUUCUAUUAUUUCAUCGUGACAAAUUCCAUCAUUCAAUUGAUUUUGAAAUAUGGUUUACCAUUAAUCUUACAAUUUGUAUUCAAAUUAAUCAAGGAUUUCUUAAAUAAACCAAAGGCAGGUGAAGAAUCAUCCAAAGAAAAGAAACUCGUCAUUGAAGAUAAUGAAACCGAAGGUCCUUGGUUAGACAAUGUUAGAAAGUCAAUUGAAUUACCUGAAUAUAACGUGAAUGAUGAUUUCAGAAGUAUCAUCAUCCAAUAUGGGUAUCUUAUUAUGUUUGGACCAGUUUGGACUUUAGCUCCUAUUGUGGCUCUUAUUUUCAAUGUUAUUACUUUCAAUUUAGAUUUAAUUAAAUUAUCUACUGGAAAAUAUUUCCGUCCUCCAAUUCCAACUAGAGUCGAUUCAAUUCAUCCUUGGAAUUAUGCUUUAUUCCUCUUAACUUGGUUCGGAUCCAUUGUUUCACCUAUAGUUACGGUAUUUUAUCGUCAUGGUGUUGCUCCGCCAAAGACGUUAGGUCAAUUGGCUUUCGAUAAGGCUAGUGUCAAUGUAUCUUCCACCGUGGAAUUAUUAUUCGUGUUGUUAGCUUCUGAACAUUUAUUCUUAUUCUCUUAUAAUGUUUUUGAAAAAUUAUCAAACUUGUAUAAGUCAAAAGUUGAAUGGGAAAAUGAUUUUGUCGAAAAUGACAUUAAAUUAAGACAUGAUUAUUAUUCAGGAAAAGUGAAACCUCAUUUCAGUGCUGAUGAAACUGAUCCUUGGGCUGGAUAUACUGCUAAAUCCAAUAUCGAAUCAAUUAAUGCCUUCCCAGUGAAACCAAUCGCCUAUGUCGCUCCUCCUAUCGUGGCUGCUCCAGUACCGACAGCCCCAGUCCCCACUGAAACUAUCAUUCCAAAAGUUGAUGGUAAGAAUGGUGUCCUGACUUCUGCUGAACCAUCGAUCACAAAGGCUACCAGUCGUAUCUCUAAACCCUUCCAAACAAAAGAUGUUGGUGCAACUUUUGAAGCUACUAAAGGUAAAGUCACCGAUACUAUGGCUGCUAAUUUAGAAAAAGUCAAGGAUGCUGAUGAUAGAAUCAUUACUUCUAAGAAUAAUCAAGAUCAAUUACAAUAUGCUACAAUUGAUAACAACAAACAUAUCAAACCUCAAGAUGUGGCUGAUGCAGCUAAGGCUAUUGAAACGUCAGCUAAAAAUCCAACUGUUGAUACUGCUACAGCUGCUAAGGAUGCUACUACUAAAGUCAUUUCCGGUGUGAAAGAUGCCGUCACUCCAGCUGUCGCUUCUAAGGUUGAAGAUGAUGCUAAUGAUGAUGCCGAUGUUUCUAAAGCAGAUACUACUUUCCAAACUAUCGACAGUGAUUAUAGUGAUUCCAUUAAGAACAUUAAAAAGGCUGCUAAAGAUACUGCUGAUUCCUUAUCAUCUGAUAAAUCAAAGAAGAAAUCUUCAUUAAAGAAAUUAUUCAAGAGUAGUAGUAGUAGCAGUACUAAGAAAUAG